AUGUGUGACUCGUCCAUAGUUUUCGAAGGCAAGAAACUAAAAUUAUCCGUUUCAAAAUUCGGUGUACUCACGUGUCCCAAAACAAGAGAAACUUUUGAAUUUCAAAAAUUUACAUGGACAACUACAAAUAGACUGACGUUUGAGGUUAUAACUUUGGAUGCUGCAAUUGUUAGCCUACGUGUACCGGACAGAAAUUUUAAGCCGGAUGAAGUUCUUCUCGCAAGCUCCGAAACUUUGAAAGCUUAUCUUUACUACGCUGAAGCCAAUAUGACUUCAUCGAUUCAGUCUGCACCAUUAAAACGAAGCAAUGAGUGGUCCCAGAGAAUUUGGUCAUCCUACGUAAUUGGACCUGAUCUCAUUCUAACCAAAGUUGUGCUCGGCGAGUGUAUCAAUCUGAUGAUCCAAGUACGAUUCAGUGUGACAUUUAACAACGAGAUUCGGAUCGUAUACCAUGUCGCAAGUGAUCGAGUUCGUUCCCUGGAAACUUCUCAUCGGAUAAUGCUAAAUCUAGGCGGUCACUGUUCUGCUCAUUUGGGAACGUACGAUCACGUGGCGCAGUUAAAUGCAGAUGGUUUCUACCGUUUAAGUGGAAACAAAGCCAUUGACAACGUAAAGAAAUGUAUGGCAUCUGAUGUGGCAGAUCUUCGGGUGGCUCAGCAUGUCGGGAUGGCGGUAUACAGGUCGGAAAGUAACGGAUUCGAUGGCGUCUAUGAGCUGCCAAAAUUGGAAAACUCUCAAUUCGACAUGAGGCUGAUCCAGGCGAGAAAUGGACGAGCUAUGGAGAUCUAUUCAAACUUUAAAUGGAUGCAGUUCUCAACGUUGAAUAAUCUUCCAGAUCCAAAUCAAAAUAUUAAACCGUUCUACGCUUGCCUUGGAAUAAGAAAUAUUGAAGACAUUUUCAAUAUCCAGCAACUGAUUAACUCCGUAGUUUAUGAGGUGGAAGGCGACGAUUUGAUUAUUACAGAGAAUUCGACCAUUUUUUCGAAGGAUUCUGAUACACUCAAUGAAUCGAAAAUGAAUAUUUUUAUUGAUGAAGUUCUACUUCAAGAUUUGGAAGAAAGAAUACAAGCAUUGAAAGAAGCAGGCAUUUUGAGCAUUGCAGAUGCUCAUGAUAUAAUUAUUGAUUUACUGUAUAUGAGUCUCGAUCUUGGGAGCGAAUCUAGUGUCAGCUCCUACGGAUUAGAGGAAGAGGAAAUCAGAAAAAUAAUUCACGAUUUAAUGUUAAAGGCACUUCCAAGUCCUACCAUUUCAUUUUCUGAAACACUUGAUACUUCAACGAUGGAAAAAAUAUCAAACGUUUCAUCUGAGGAAACAGAACCAGAGGAAGUCCUAAACGAGUACCAGAAGCAUAGUGGAAUACUUCUGCAGUUGAGUAAUAUCCCAUUUUUGAAAAAAUGCAAACAACGAAGCAUGUUUUCCUCUAGUUUUAACUAUCGAGCAACUCCUCAAUUAGUUUAUAACCGUAACGUUACUAUGAAAUUCGGUAUUUGUAAAAAAUCGUUCCCAAAUAACAAUAAAUCGAGCUCUACCACCUAA